CAAGCCGAAAGGUCGGUCACUUUACUCGCUCCUCUUUUCGCUGACGAAGAAACCUAGCAAAAUGGCUGACGGACCCGAUAUGGAGAAUCGUGACCCUAACAACAUCAACGACCAUCUACAGGUCGUAUUCGAAGAUGUGUUCGCCGAGCCCGACCACGCCCACAGUCUCGACUGCGUGUGGAGGAACUCCUACAAGUGCUUCAACUGCACCAAAAACUGCUGCUACCUCGCCCUCACUACCCUCUGCAGUAUCUUCGUCGCCUUCUGCUGGGCCUGCGAGUUUGCCACACUCACUUUCUACCACGUCUGGUACGUCACGCCAUGCUUCAAGGUCUGCGAAAUCGAACUCGGCUGCUGCAAGAAGUUCUACUCGCUGUGCAUGCGGUGUGCAUUGGAUCCUCUUUGUGAAGCAUGUGGCUUGUUGUUCAGUGCAUUCAAGAAGUAACGACCUUCUAGCAGAUGCCAUGAUACCAACGCGACUUGAGAAGCAGGGUUCAUGAACUAUUCAAGUGUUACGCCCCGAACAGAGGGACGUACAUACCGAUUUGACCUCGGCUUUGAGGUUCAUGUGACGUUGACGGUUAGCCGUCAAAGUCUUAUGACUUUGGCGGAGUGAUAUACGUGACCUUGGUUGAGUGAGUUGCCUGGCCAUGGCGGAAUGAUUUGUCGACCUUGAAGGCUAGCCUCAGAGUGUUGAACGGCAAGGACAAUUCCGACAGCUGUUUGAGUUGAGUCGUGGUUCUCAACGUAAAUAGACAUAAACACGUCAUGGGCAAUUUGUGCAAAGAUUGUAUAGUAGCUUUAGGUCUAGUUACGAUGGGGCCUGGAGCAAAUGAAACACCUCUAAGGUUUUUGCACCUAUCAUGGAAUAAUAUAAUACUCUUCGCUUGACCCAUUCAAGUAGGUAUAAAUUUGGCCCCUGGGCGAUUAUUACCGAAUCUAAAAUUGGAUAUUCCGUGUGAUUUUCCAUUCUGGGAUCGAUUUUUUGAAAAAGGUUAAUAAAACGUUUGAUAUUUUUUCAUA